CUCCCCUCCCUCUCGUCUUUCAGACAGACUGUUUUUGCUGCAGUGAACGGCAGCCGUGGAGAGAGAGGAAGAGAGAGAGAGAGAGACACGGAGGAAAAAGCAAGAAAAACAAAGAGUCAGGAGAACAAGGAGAUUAAAAAGUCGAUAAAACAGAUUGAGAGAAGGCUCCGGACCAGCGACGGCUGCGCAUCAAAGGAGGGACCGUACUGAGGACCUUACUGGAGACCAGCGCCAACAAAACCCGACUCAGAAGGCGGAAUAUAACGGUGACACUCCAGAGCUCCUCUGCCCUCCUGAGGAUUCAGUGAGACAGGCGGAUCUGUGUGCCUAACCAUGGCCCUCCCAUCAGCCCCCUCCACAUUAUGGAGUGUCAGCUUAUUGACGGUACUGUUUGCAGCAGUGGUUCACAGCAACAUUAUCUUCGACGACGACCCCUUGCAGCCAGUGACCUCAGACGAGACGGUGUCCGUAGGAGGGACAGUGACACUGACCUGCCGGGUGCCCGAGAGUGAUAACUCCUCACUGCAAUGGUCCAACACUGCACAGCAGACCUUGUACUUUGGAGAGAAGAGAGCGUUGAGAGAUAACCGCAUCCAGCUGCACCGCUCCACACCCACCGAGCUUUCCAUAACCAUUGCUGAAGUGCAGCUGUCCGACGAGGGCGAGUACACCUGUUCCAUCUUCACCAUGCCGGUCCGCACCGCCCGGGCUACAGUCACCGUGCUAGGUGUGCCCGGUGAACCUCAGAUCUUGGGCUUUGAGAAUGCAGUGCCAGAGGGGGGCAAAGUCACCCUGACCUGCACCAGUACAGGCAGCAAACCACCCGCCAGGCUGCGCUGGUACAGAGGAGACCAGGAGCUUGAAGGACGUCCAGACGUGGUGGAGUCCGUUCCAGACGAUCCAACAUACAACGUGAGCAGCGAGCUCACCCUGGAGGUGAGCCGCAGUGACGACAAGGCCCUCAUCACCUGUGCUGUCGACCAUCCCUCUCUUGCUCCGGGGGACAAGAGGAGCGAGCGAGCUCUGCAAGUGUUGUAUUCCCCUGACGUGCGGAUCACGCCCGAGAGCAAUCUGCCUAGAGAGGGGGAGAAGUUUCAUCUUCAGUGUGUGGGCAACGGCAACCCCGAGCCCACCUCUUACAGGUGGGAGAAGAAAGAUGGAGAGCUCCCCCCACUGGCCAAAGCCGACGGUGCUUUCUUGCGCUUCGAGAUGCUCAACAAAUCCGACAAUGGCGUCUACCUCUGCGAAGCCAGCAACGGCAUAGGGGACAGCCUGGGGGAGUACACCCUACUGGUGCAAGGCCUCAUGGACCCAGACUACCCAGACACCACCUUAUCCUUCCUUGGCUCUCCAACCUCCUCCCUCCCACCCUCCUCUGCCCCUGACGUUUUCUCUGGCUCCGGCUCUGAUCCCACUUACUCCUACUCCUACCCUUCUCUCCUCGCCUCCACCUCCUCCCCCGAGUCUUCCCUAGCCUCCUCACCGUCCCCCACCCCCUCCGUGCCUGACGUGUCAACCACCGUCUCUGAAUUCUCCACCACCAGCCUCUCCAACGCCCUCUUCCCCGACCUGCCACUCUCUCCCUCCUCCUCCCUGACUGCCCCUCCUUCCUCUCCCCGGACUCCUCCUCCCUCCUCCGCAAGCAUCGCUCCUUCCAAAGCCAACCCCUCCCCCGCCUCCUCCCUCACUCCCUCAGUUUCCGUCCGGCUGAAUGGAGUUUACACAUUCACAGAUGCUGCAGACAACAUUGCAGACCCCACAGCCAUGUCGACGUCUUCGGGGGUGGACCACGCUGUGAUCGGAGGGGUGGUUGCUGUAAUCGUCUUCAUCCUGCUCUGCCUCCUCAUCGUCCUGGGCAGAUACCUCAUCAGACACAAAGGAACGUAUCUGACCCACGAGGCCAAGGGCUCGGAUGACGCCCCCGAUGCGGACACGGCCAUCAUCAACGCAGAGGGAGGCCACUCCGGAGCAGAGGAUAAGAAGGAGUACUUCAUCUAGACAGAGGGGGCGGGAGCAGUGGAGGAAAAGGAGGGAAAGCUGGAGGACGUGGAUUAGAGGAGAGGGGAGGAGCAAAGGGGAAAGAAACCUCCAUUUGUUUUCACGACUCUUCAGUUCUUCACUUGUUUGGAAGGGAUGAUGGGAGGGGAGGGAAAGAACUGCAGUUGGGAUAAAGUGAUGAGUUGAGCUUCAACUGGUACUACCCUCUUUGCAUUGAUACAGGGAAGUGGGAUUUUUGCACUGACACACAGACGAACUGAAGACACACACAUACACUCAGACACACACACACACACACACACAAACAAACACACACACACACACACACAGACACAUAGACACAGACAUGUACAUGAGUCAGUUUUGAGGAAAACUCUUCCCAAACAGACUUAAUUGCUCGUAGAUGUUCCGAUUAACAAGCGCGUGUCUCCUGCUGUACUAACACGUCUGAAUUAUCUCUGAAUGACACAAUAACACCUUUUUACACAAACAUCGUACUUCUAACUGUCAGCGCCUUCCGAAAAAGCUAAAUUGUAACUCACAUUCCGGCAUCCCGAGCUCCGAUACUUCACUUCUCACACCUCGCCCAACCUGUCUCCUUCAACAUCUCAACCAAAACCAUCGGCUCUGCCUCCUCACGUUUCUGUCCUCAUUCUUUCCAUCUGACAAGGUGGUAUCCCUCUGCAAACAUUCUACUGGUGGAGGCAUCCAUCCAAAGCAAAUUAUUACUGACAAACCUAAUCUCCCUCUCUCUCACAGUUUAAUCUUUUUAUGCCGUCAAACCUUCCCGCAUCCUCUCAAACCCUGGUUCAAGCCGUUGAGUUUCCCACAAUGCAGCACCACAACAUCCAGCACUCAUGCAAACAUAGCAUUCCCGCCUUGCGCUACCAAGCCGAGGGGCUCCAGUAUACAUAUAUAUAAAUAUAUAUAUAUAGAAUUAUAUAGCAUUCUUUUUACAUGAUGGAAAAUCUUUGGUGUGCUGUAAAUACUCUCUCUCUCUCUGACCUCUCUCUACCUUCUCUUCUUCUUCUAUACCUCUUCUCUUUCUCUACAUAUCCCUCUCUCCUGUAUCUCAUACAGUCUGUUACUGCAUUACAGUAACUUAUAUACUCAAAAAAAAGCCUGCCUGUUUUUUAUUACAUGCGUGGAAAUGCAGAGUCAAAUCUAUCAAUAUCUGGGGAAAACGUAUUAAAAAUAAUGACAAUGAUGUUGCGAUGAAAACUAACCUUAAUUGCAAAUAUUUGUAUGAGGAGUACUGUCCUUCUUCUACUUUUUUUUAUUCCUUUUGGUUUGGGGGAUUUAUGGGAGAUUUUCUCUCGUCAGUGUCUCAGUGUGCUACUGUCAGUGUUAACGGUUUACAGUGUCUGUCCAGGAGUCCAUACAUCGAUUUUUUUCCGAGUUGUAUUUGGAUUUGGAGGUUUAACGUUUUGAUUCUAUAUUUCUUCACCUUUUUUCGUCUGUGUGCCACAUUCAGUAUCUGCUCCCAAACACUAAACUGUAGCAAAACCUCUGUAGAAUGCAGCAGCUUUCGAAAAGGUGUCAAAGUGUUUUGUUCGAGCCUUUCUGGAGUAUCACUGCCCGGCACAUGUGGACCGCUGGGCUUUUCUUUCCACUGCGCCCUCUGUGAACAUCCAUCCUGCUCCCUGCAGCAGACUGCUUGUCUUGGCAAAUCCACCUGGCACUUAAGUCUUUCAGUAGUGACAUCAUAACUUCCUUUUGAGAAGCGGGUAGCUCGCUGCUUGAACAAGCUUGCUUGCUUUUCACUACGGGGCUGAACAAGAUUGCCUACAUGCAUUAUGACAAACUUCCUGGCAAAAAAACAACCCUUUCUGUUAUUGUUUCUUUCUGUGUGUGUGUAUGUGUGUGUUAUUGCAAGCAGGAAUCAUAUGCUAGCUUAGCAAAAGGUUCCCAUAAAUGAACAGUGUUUUAUAAAGGUUGUGAGUUCGCAUUGGAGCUGGCAAGCUCCACUUGGCCCGGCCCGGUUGUGGAAAUUUAUUGCAAUCUAACUAAGAGGCUCUGGGCUCCAAACUGUACACACGCCAAGGUUUGGCUUUGGUGGGCAGAGUGCCCGAGCGGGAGUCUGGGCUCCACUUACACUGAAGAAAGUCAUUAAGGAACGUAAAGGUCUUUUUCCCUUCUCCCCCCCACCCGCCGCUCCACUCGUCCAUUUCGUUUAAUUCUUUAAUCAGUCAUCUCGUCUGCGUCCUGAUCCACCUUCACCCAGUCUCUCCUCCCCUCCUCCCCUCAUCCCUUCUUCCCCCUCCUGUCCCUUGCUCCAUCUCUGAUCUAUGCCCGACUCUCCUCCAUGCUUUCUCUCUCUCAUUCGGUCCUAGACGUACAGUAGAAAUAGCGUCUCUCGGUUUCCUGGCGUGCACCGAUGGCUCUCUGCAGCACUUUUUGGGCUGUGUUUUAGGAGAGGAAUCCAUUUGCUGUUGUCAGUCCUUCCCUUAGACAGUGAUGUCUGUGAUAGUUUUUUGUACACCCUUAUUUGGGAACGUUCAGGGAUUGUGCUUUUCGUACCUUUCCCCACAUUGUUAUUAUAACCGCAACCUAGCUAGCUGCUUUGACAGAAAGUGGCCCAGCUGGUGUGUCUUUAUGCUAGCUAUACUACAAAAGGGUACCGCGGCCUGAAGCAGGGUCAUCUGCUGUUUUUUUUUCUUUUGUGGAAUCUCGGUUUGUGAUUUGGGGUGGCGCUGUAGUAAACUUGGCUCAAACAGUGCUCCUUUGGAGACUGCUUUGACAUGCACGGGAAAACGUUAAACCAACCAAGGUCAAUAUUUUGAAAAAAAAUUCAAACCGUUGCUUGUCCAGUGUUUACUCUGCAAUACUCUUCAGCUUUACACAGUUUUCAUGCCUGCAGACCAGAGGAUGGCUUUGUCUCACGGAGCUUAGUGAAGAGUAACCUUUGAUUUGUACUUAACCCUAGUCCAAUUCUGCUGUGUGAACAGAGAAAAGGAAUACCGGCCUCAUACUCAAUAAAGUGUAGUGUCUUUUAAAAACUAAUGGACCUGUAUUUGCCUGUAAUUUAUCGUCCUGUCCUUCGUGUUAGUUAAUGUGCUAGCAUGUAGCUUGCAUGAGAAAAAGGUUGGAAAUGUAGAUAGUGUUGGAGAUAAGAGGUGCCGACAAGAAUCUCUCCAGAGACGAGAGCGGCGGCCUGCUGUCCUCUGAUCUGCAAACAUACGCCACGUCCCAGUUCAACCUGCCUGUACCUCCUCAACACAGCUGUUCCCUAGAUACACUGGAAAAAGGCCACAAAAUGAAUACAAGGUGCUUUUUUUGCUUGUAAUAAGCAAUAAGUGUAAAAAUCUGCCAAUGGAACACAUGGAAAUUCACUCGAUAAGAUUUUUUUUGAAAUAAAAUGAAAGAAGAUGAUAUUCAAACAAGAUGAUUCAUCUUUUUACAAAUAACACAGCGGCUUAAAAACUGUAUAAGAUGUUGAAAAAGCUUUUUUCAUCUGAGAUCUGAUUCAUAACGAGAUGUCUUCAUUACUCUUUCAUUAAACGAGAUAUCUAAGAUGCAUCGUCUAAAACAAAGUCCCUGCGUCUCACUGAAAUAUCACUGGUUAACUGAUUAUCUUUUAUUAAGUGGUGUUAGAUAUUUUGUCUAGAAAUUAGAUGAAUUUACUUGUUUUUUUGCAGUGUAACUGAUGAAGACUUAAUGGAGACUUAUUCUGCUUUCCCCCCCACCACUACAACGUUAAACCUAUGUAGGGGUACAAUAGCGUUGAAUUGGGACGUGCAGUCAGUCCCGUUCAUAUUUAAUUGCAUCGAUGCAGUAAUGACUAGCUGUCACCAGAUGCCAGCAAACAGCAGCUUCUCUUUACCCCCCCCCCCCCCCAAUUCCACUCUCAUCAACUCCUCUUCAGGCAGUUGCACACUCGCUGCCAGUCAUUGCUUUGUUUUGGUAGUAAAAACAAAUUGAUUUUUAAAUUAUGUUUUGUAAAAGGUGUGCAUACUCUUCAAAAUAUUACUUUCAGUUGAAGUGUUAAUCAUUUUCUUGUCUCUUCUUUUCAAUUAGAUUUUCCAAAGCUUGGAGGUUAGAAAUGUAUUUUUUUUUCCCGUAUUUUAUUGUUUCAACAACCAUUUUUCUACAAUUUCAUGUAUAUAGUGUUGCCUUUACUGGAUACUCUUACAGGCGCACCCAAUACACACUUUGCACACACAUCCACACACAUAUCUGUAUAUGCACGGCAGGCAUGUGAUCUGUGUAUUUGUACAUAUGUGUGUGUUUGUGUAUGAGUGUGAGGCGUGUAGUAAUUGACCCAAGCAGACUCCGGAGACACUCUUAUGUGUUGCAGUCACACACAAAAAAUUUUCUUAUUUGAAUGACUAAAACAACUUCCUUGCUUUCAGACUUAUUAUUUUGGGUGACAAGUCUUCCUUUUGAAUAAAUAUCCAUAUCACAUGAGAACAGUGCUGUCAUGUAUGUUCAUUUGUACUAUGGCUGAUGAUGUCAUCAAGGCGAGACCCAACCGCAUGCUGUGGUGGGUUUGCAUCUGUUGGAUGUUCAUACAGUAUUUGUUUUGUUUUUUUGUCAAAAUACCAGUUCAGUUGUUGACUUCAAUAAACAUGCAUUUGGGUUAAUUU